ACGUCUUAUCGGAAGAGCUGGGGAUCGCAACCUGUCUGUCUGGCUGCCUCCCUCACAUGCUGCCGCCCAAAUGCCCAAACACCUGCCUAGCAGACAAGUACAGACUGAUCACCGGAGCCUGCAACAACAGAGACCAUCCCAGAUGGGGUGCCUCCAACACUGCACUGGCCAGAUGGCUCCCUCCUGUCUAUGAAGACGGCUUCAGUCAGCCCAGGGGCUGGAACCCCGGCUUCCUACACCAUGGCUUUCCACUGCCUGCGGUUCGGGAGGUGACAAGACAAGUGAUUCGAGCCCCCAAUGAGGCUGUGACAGACGAUGAGCAGCACUCGGAUUUCCUGACGGCAUGGGGACAGUACAUCAGUCACGACAUUGCCUUCACACCCCAGAGCCCCAGCAGAGCCUCGUUCUGGGGGGGAGCUGACUGCCAGCUGACGUGUGAGAACCAAAGCCCAUGUUUCCCCAUACAGCUCCCUGGGAACGCCUCGCCCACCGCCUGUCUGCCCUUCUACCGCUCCUCUCCCGCCUGCGGCACUGGGGACCAGGGUGCGCUCUUUGGCAACCUGUCCCAGGCAAACCCGCGGCAGCAGAUGAACGGGCUGACUUCCUUCCUCGACGCCUCCACCGUGUACGGCAGCUCCCCCGCCUCCGAGAAGCAGCUGCGCAACUGGACCAGCGCCGAGGGGCUGCUCCGCGUCAACACCCGCCACCGGGACGCCGGCCGCGCCUACUUGCCCUUUGUACAGCACGUGCCCGCCGCCUGCGCGCCAGAGCCUGGAGCCCCGGGAAAGCCCCACGCCCCUUGCUUCCUGGCUGGGGAUGGCCGUGCCAGCGAGGUCCCCUCCCUGACAGCCGUGCACACGCUGUGGGUGCGCGAGCACAACCGCCUGGCUGCCAAGUUCAAGGCCCUCAACCCGCACUGGAGUGCGGACACCACAUACCAGGAGGCGCGCAAGGUGGUGGGCGCCCUGCACCAGAUCAUCACCCUGCGGGAUUACGUCCCCAGGAUCCUGGGACCCCAGGCCUUCCAGCAGCACGUGGGGCCCUACAGAGGCUAUGACCCCACCGUGAACCCCACCGUGUCCAAUGUCUUCUCCACGGCUGCCUUCCGCUUCGGCCAUUCCACAGUGCACCCGCGAGUGCGGCGGCUGGACGCCCACUUCCAGGAGCCCCCGGGCCUCCCCAGGCUGCAGCUGCGUGACGUGUUCUUCAGCCCCUGGAGGCUCAUCAAGGAAGGUGGGGUGGACCCACUGGUCAGAGGCCUUCUUGCGAGACCCGCCAAACUGCAGGCGCACGACCAGCUGAUGAACGAGGAGCUGACGGAAAGGCUCUUCGUGCUGUCGAACUCGGGCACCUUGGAUCUGGCGUCGCUGAACCUGCAGAGGGGCCGGGACCACGGGCUGCCAGGUUACAACGCGUGGAGGGUGUUCUGUGGCCUGCCGCGCCUGGAGACCCCCGCCCACCUCAGCGAGGUCCUGGCCGACCGCAGCAUUGUCCGUAGGCUGAUGGAUCUGUACGGACAUCCCGACAACAUCGACAUCUGGCUGGGCGGCCUGGCCGAGAAGCUGCUCCCGGGGGCACGCACGGGGCCUCUGUUCGCGUGCAUCAUCGGCAGGCAGAUGAAGGCCCUGAGGGACGGGGACAGGUUCUGGUGGGAGCACGGGCCAGUCUUCACUGAGGCCCAGCGGCUGGAACUGGAGAAGCACUCCUUGUCCCGGGUGGUCUGUGACAACACGGGCCUCACCAGGGUGCCGGGCGAUGCCUUCCAAGGUGGACAGUUCCCUCGAGACUUUGAGUCCUGUGAGGACAUCCCUGGCAUGAGCCUGGACGCGUGGCGGGAGACCCUCCCUCAAGACAGGUGUGGCCUCCCAGACCCGGUGGAUGGCGGGGACUUUGUGCUCUGUGAAGAGGCGGGGAGGCGCAGGCUGGUGUUCUCCUGUCGUCAUGGAUACGAGCUCCAAGGGCCAGAGCAAGUCACCUGCACCCCGGAGGGCUGGGACUCCCGGCCCCCUGCUUGUAAAG